AUGACCCGGCACCAAUACCACCGGACCCCGCCCCACGCCCUCGUCGACCUCCCCGCCUCCUGUCCCGCGACGCCCUCCCCGCCGCCGUCCCGCACGCCCCGCCACGCCGUCGCCCUCGACUGCGAAAUGGGCACCGCCUACGACGGCGAGUCCGAGCUCAUCCGCGUCACCCUCGUCGACUACUUCACCUCGGAGAUCCUCCUCGACAGCCUCGUCGACCCCCAGGUCGCCAUGCAGCACUACAACACAAAGUGGUCCGGCGUCUCGCGCCAGCAGAUGAACGACGCCCGCGCCAAGGGCACGUGCAUCACGGGCGGCCUCGCCGCCGUCCGCGCCGCCGUCUGGCGCUGGGUCGGCCCCGACACCGUCGUCGUCGGCCACGCCGUGCACAACGACCUCGCCUCGCUGCGCUGGAUCCACCCGCUCGUCGUCGACUCCCUGCUCCUUGCCACCGUCGCCCGGGCCGAGCGGGAGAAGCGCGAGGAGGAGGAGGCGGCGGCGGCGGCGGCGGCGGCGGAGGAGGAGGAGGAGGCCCGGAAGGAGGCCGCCGCUGCCGACGCCGCGUUCGGAGAAGACGGCGACCUCAUCUCCUUUCACGAGCUUGGCCUCGAGCCUCGGGAGAACCCAGACAAGGUCCCGGCGGACGAGGCCAGGGGCAAGCGCAAGCCCGGCGGCCUCUCCCUCAAGGCGCUGACGUCCGAAAUGUUUGACCGCCAGAUCCAAAAGGGAAAAGAGGGCCACGACAGCCUGGAGGAUGCCUUGGCCGCCAGGGACAUUGUGCACUGGUUCGUCAUGCAAAACCCGGCGGCCGCACUUCCGCAGGACCAGGGACCCGCCAUUGCAGGUUUCUGGUGA